AUGAUAGCAAUCUCUGCCAUCAGCAGUGCACUCCUGUUCUCCCUUCUCUGUGAAGCAAGUGCCGUCGUCUUACUCAAUUCCACUGACUCAUCCCCGCCAACCAAUAAUUUCACUGAUAUUGAAGCAGCUCUAAAAGCACAACUAGAUUCUGCGGACAUCCCCAAAGCCAGGCGGAAGCGCUACAUUUCGCAGAAUGACAUGAUCGCCAUUCUUGAUUAUCAUAACCAAGUUCGGGGCAAAGUGUUCCCACCAGCAGCAAACAUGGAAUAUAUGGUCUGGGAUGAAAAUCUUGCAAAAUCUGCAGAGGCUUGGGCAGCUACUUGCAUUUGGGACCAUGGGCCUUCUUACUUAUUGAGAUUUUUGGGUCAAAAUCUAUCUGUACGAACUGGAAGAUAUCGCUCUAUUCUCCAGUUGGUCAAGCCAUGGUAUGAUGAAGUGAAAGAUUAUGCUUUUCCGUAUCCCCAGGAUUGCAAUCCCAGAUGUCCUAUGAGAUGUUUUGGCCCCAUGUGCACACAUUAUACACAGAUGGUUUGGGCCACUUCCAAUCGAAUAGGAUGUGCAAUUCAUACUUGUCAAAACAUGAAUGUUUGGGGAGCUGUAUGGCGCCGUGCAGUUUAUCUGGUAUGCAACUAUGCCCCAAAGGGCAACUGGAUUGGAGAAGCACCAUAUAAAGUAGGGGUACCAUGUUCAGCUUGCCCUCCCAGUUAUGGGGGGUCUUGUACCGACAAUCUUUGUUUUGCAGGAGUAACGUCAAACUACCUAUACUGGUUUAAAUAA